CACUUUCUCAUCACAACGCAGAGAAACAGAGGGAUUGAGGCUUUGAUCCCCCGAGAGAGAGAGAGAGAGAGAUGGGGAAGAACAGAAUUGCUUUGUUUCUGCUUCUGCUUGUAUUCAUCCAUGGAGUGAUGAUUAUGACAGCAACUGGGUAUGAAGAAGAAGCAGAAGAAGAAUAUGUGUGGGGAAGUGAAGGAGAAGGAGAGCAAUGGGGAAGAGGAGAAGAAGGAGAAGAAGAGUGGGGAGGAGGAGGAGGAGAGAAAGGACGGUUCUUGAUGAGAGAGUCAAGGCAAGUGAUCAGAACAGAGGCCGGUGAUAUGAGAGUUGUCUUAUCACCAAGGGGAAGAAUCAUUGAGAAGCCAAUGCACAUUGGGUUCCUCACCAUGGAACCACAGAGCCUCUUCGUCCCUCAGUACCUUGACUCUAGCCUCCUCAUCUUCGUCAGAAGAGGUGAAGCGAGGCUUGGUGUGAUGUGCGAAGACGAAUUCGGAGAGAAGAGACUGAAGGCAGGUGACAUCUACUGGAUUCCGGCUGGUUCCGUCUUCUACUUGGUCAACACCGGCAUCGGUCAACGCCUCCACGUCAUCUGCAGCAUCGACCCCGCCGAUAGCUUGGGUUUGGAAACCUUCCAGUCUUUCUACAUAGGCGGAGGAGCUCACCCUCCGUCUAUUCUCUCCGGCUUCGACAUCGACACAUUAGCAACUGCAUUCAACGUCUCGGGAGCCGAGCUGAGGCAAAUGCUAACGGGACAAGUCGGAGGCCCGAUCGUGCAUAUCGCGGGAGGGGAACGGGCUCCCGCAUUGUGGACCAAAUUCUUGGAAUUGAGAGAUGAGGAGAAGCAUAUGCAUCUUAAGAGGAUCUCGGGGAUGAGCCGAGAAUCCUCAUCGGGUUAUCGGGAAACCGAGGAACACAGCGGGUGGAUGUCGUGGAGGAAACUGCUGAGAUCGAUGUUGUCUCGCGAGGGGACGAAUAGGAAAACGCGGUGCGAGGACUCGUACAACAUCUACGACCGGAAGCCAGAUUUCAGAAACGACUACGGAUGGAGCAUAGCCCUCGAUUCCGCGGAUUACCGGCCCCUCAAGCACUCCGGGAUCAGUGUCUAUCUCGUUAUUCUUAAUGCGGGAUCAAUGAUGGCACCUCACAUGAAUCCAACGGCUACCGAAUACGGCGUCGUUUUGUCGGGGGCCGGCGACAUCGAGGUCGUUCUCCCGAACGGGAAACUGGCCAUGAAGAGGAGAGUAGCGGAAGGAGACGUCUUCUGGAUUCCCCGGUACUUCGCCUUCUGCCAGAUUGCCUCUCGGACAGGACCGUUCAAGUUCUUCGGGUUCACCACCUCAGCCCGGAGGAACCGUCCGCAGUUCUUUGUGGGCUCGAACUCGCUCCUUCGGUCGCUCAAUAUCCCGGAGCUGGCUGCGGCUUUCGGGGUCGAUAACGAUACGAUGAGACGGUUCGUAGGGGCCCAGGGAGAGGCCGUUAUUCUGCCUACGGCUGGGGCCGCACCUCCCGACGUGACAGAAAAGAAGGCAAAGACGAGUAAGGUGGCGAAGAAAGUGAUUGAUGGAGUGAUGGGUCUCUUCUGAUUUCUGAGAGGGGAAAUGUCAUGAAGUUGCUUUUAUUUUUAGAGUUUUUUUUUUAUAAAUGUUUUUAUGUUUCUCUCCUCUUUUGAAGUCCAUGCAUGCAUGCAUGUGUGUACGUAAAAUACUUGUAUGUUUUUUUUUUUCAAUUUUCUUAAUGCAAGUUUUUGGUGUUGUGGACGAGAA